AUGCAGCAUCAGGCUACCAACAUUAAACUAAAGAAGUUUCAGAAUAGAGAAGGACCCUUUAGCAAGAAGCUUGCUAGGACUUUUGAAAACUUUGAUUAUAACCCAGGUAGAGCUUUACAGAAGAUGGCUACAAGGAUCCUAUCUUUGACAUCAAGCUCUUCUGGUUGUGAAAGAAAUUGGAGUGGGUUUGAAGGGAUACACACUAAGAAGAGGAAUAUGCUUACUACAACCCACCUCAACAAGCUGGUGUAUAUCCAAUUCAACUCCAAGCUGCUUAUUGACUUUAGAGAUGGGGAGAAAGAUGAGAUGGAAGGUACAGGGAUACCUUGGUCUGUCAUUGGAGAGGCAGUGGGAGCAGAUGAACAGCUUGAGCUACGUAGAAGUGCAAGAGUGAGGGAGCUCUAUGAAGGAGAAGAAUUUGAGUCUGAAGAAGAAGAGUAUGACGAUGAGGAUGUGUACUACAAUGAAGAAGAAAUAUGA